AGCAUUAUCAGGGGCACACACAUGACAUGCUCCAACAUCUUUAUGUGAGAGAAUCCUCCUCCGCCACCUGCUUAUGAUGUCUUGUUUCAGGCAGCGCAUUGGGAGUUUCAGUUUUCUCUUCUCCUACGCUUCUUCAAUAUAAUUGACUUGACAAGUCUGGCAUCAUCUUCUAUUAAAUGUCGAUAUUCACUGAAUUUUGUUGGUCUUUCUUUUCUUAAAUCAUCUACUCAUCAUUAUCUGAUUAUCAUAUGAUAAGUAAGUUAGUAACUGAAAGAACUCUACUUUCCUUCCAGCUUGGUUGUAUUCUAGCUUCGUCUAGUAGAAAGUAUGAUCUUUUGUUUGUCAUGUCCCACAAAAUGUUGACGAAGGUCCAUUUGGCGGUGUUCACCUCCACUUUUGUGGCUUCUGUGACUUCGGCUCCUGUGCAGCAUGACACUUCGUGGACCCAGGUAAACUACGAUGGCACGUUUGAUGAUUAUCAUCAUUUCGAGGAUAAGGGUGAACAGCAGGAGCCUGAAGAGAUGCAUCAUACUCAGCCUUCGUUUUUAGAAAAACAACGUUGCAAUUGUGACGAUGGAGGCGAAGAGGGAUGCUGUGCUGGUGGAGGCCAGCAACAACAGCAGCAAGGUGGUGGAGGCCGUCGCACUCCUGCUACCGUUGCCAAUGCCGCCGUUGGCAAUUACAACUUGCUCAUUCACUUGACUCAACGGGGCUUGAAUCCUGCGAAUGAAGCUAGGCCAAUUAGGGCUACUAUUUAAAAUGCAUCUACUUCCCUCACAGCUUCUUGGUCCUCCCGUUUUUCAGCAGGGAACAAGCAGGAACCACCAGAAUGCUCAACAAGUAGAUGCAUUUUUUAUGUAAAAAGUUCUAAGCCACACUACAUUCAUCAAAACUGCUUCAACCAAUACGGCAUGGCGGAUCAGCAGAAGUGUGUCACCAACAGCGGCACAUUGAUCCAAGACUACAAUUACGGCUUCAACAUAUAGUUGUACAUCUUCACAGAUAGUACACCUAUGCAUAAUGUUGGUCCAUCUUGUUCAGAUAGAAGUACAUACCUAUCUUCAAUCUUGGAAAUAUAGCUCCUGUCCUUCAAAACAAGGGAGAGAAAGAAGCAUCAGGAUGCAUCUUCACUGUAGUCCUCCAAAAGGGAGAGAAACUACAACAUCGUCUUGGAAGAGCUGCGGUCUCAUAUUUUUCACUUAUAUUUAAUAUAAGUUGGAGUUGGAAGAAGCAUCAAGAUCAAGAGUAUCUCAAGAUAACUUAUUAAGGUGAAGAGAAGGGUUGUGAGAUGGGGGUUGUUAGAGUCUAAUACAUUGCCCGCACUGGUGGAAGUGCUCCGAUCGUUAUCCUAGGGGUCCAGGAGUGGUCGAUGGCUGCUGUUCCAGCGUUCCAAGCUGGUCUAGUUACGGCCAUACCGUCAACACGGAUCUUUCACAGCAUCAUCUUUUAGCUGCCGUUUUUCUUCUAUAAAACAACCGGUUAGUUUUUACCUCUAGAGAUCUAGCCCUUUCAACAAUACUAUAUGAAAAAUUCUAAUAACGCAGUACUUAGAUGAGACGUUCAAAAUUAGUAGUAGUACUUAGAUGAGACGUUCAAAAUUAGAAAGAUAUUACGCAGCUUCUAAUAAAAGGUACUUAUGUAAGACGUUCAAGCUAAAUAAAGAUAGGACGUUCUCGGUGCCUCUAAUCUAGGGAGCAAUUGGCGUAUGUUGGAUCACUUGGGACCUUGUGCGAUUUGGUAUGAUGCCCAAAUGGUACAAGGUCAACCGGUUGCAGCUGGUACGCGGCAUCUCUUGAUGCCACACAGGCAGCCGCGCGGGCAGCAGGGUGAGGACCCGGAUGGACUACGCGGCUUGGUCGCUGGGUACAACUGACUUUUUUUUAAUCGAAAAGUGUGUAGGAAAAAUAUCCGAGAGCAGCAGCUGAUGUUUGGAAGUUUGGCUACUCUCCGUCUCCUCUCGGUUAAUAUUCUCACCAGAGACCACUUGGAUCACAUGUGAAUGACUUCUAAGGUCGACUCGCAGAAUUCAACAUUCAUCAUGCGCCAGAUAUUUCCCGCAGCAGCAGCUGAUGUUUGGGAGUUUGUGGUGUGCACAUAUGGAUGCCAACACUAAGCAGUGCAUCCAAGCUGCGUCUGAUCUUACGGUUCAAAAAUUUUUUUAAGAAAUAUAGUUACCUCCUCACCCGAAUUAUCCCUCGUGCCUGCUCUUUUACUGCUGCCUGCGCGAGUCCCUCUCGGGCUCUAGUUGUACAAGGGCUGUGCACUGCUGUACACGUAUACUGUCUCUAGUAUUUUGAGGUCUGUUCUUAUAGUACAUCAUGGAUAUUUUCUAUUGGAUAUCAAAUAAGAAUAAUAUACAUUGGAUUAAUCCUGCUGGAGGAUAUUGUCCUUUAGUCUCCGUUAUAGAAGUCCAUGUGUGACUCUGUGAGGCUCACGCCACGUCCCUACUAGUGUAUUGACGGGAUUGCUUCACAGGUCAAGUUCGUUCAGAGCAGCUCUAAUGAUUGGAUCCAGACUGUUGCCAAAGCCAAUGGAUUCUCUUACAACCGUGUCAUGAUCGCUAUGGAUAGCAACGAUCACAAUGCUUCACAGAUUGGGAAGGUACAACAUAGUUUCACACGACUACUUCCUUGUUUUAGAUCACACGACUGUUUGUAGAAGAUGAAUGUUGCUCUUGGUCGCUUCGAUAGUUGUGAAAAGAAGUUUUUCAUUCGCUUCUGUUUGUAGAAGUUAGGGCUCUACUUUUUUUUGGAGUUAUUUUCUAUCUUCUCUGUCUAUUCUACAAGAUCAAAAUCUGGGGUUUUUAGAUGUGGACUUGAAGCUCUUUUUACAUUCAUUCUAUCAACAACGCAUCUACAGAAAUUCUCGCACCACACGGGACAGAGGAAGCAGUUGAAGAUGCAGAUCCGCUUUCCUGAGCACGCGAAGACGUGUUGUUACGAAUCGGGCCAGACCCUGGGUGGCGGGUCUGGGGACUACAUUGCCGAUACGGAGGAUGAUGGGCACGAGGGGAAGAUUAUUCCCGGCUCGGACAGAGGUCCCCACCAAUUUUUGCGCUCAGAUCACUUGCCAACCAUGAAAGAAGUGACCUUUAAGGGCAUGCAGAAUGAUCGUUAGACAAGUAUUAUUAAUAGAUACUGUCUCAACUGUAGUAUAAUAUUAAUGCUAAUACUGAGGUUUUGCCAAGUACCAACUCUGCGCCUUGGAGGCGCUCCGGACAUUGAGGUAGUCCUUGGGCUGGUUCUAUUAUCUCGCGCCUGAUGGCGCGCGGAGUAUUGUAGUGAACAGCCCGCACCACCCCGGGUUCGCCUCGCCCCCGCUAUUAUUAUUAGUACUGUACUUGUUGAGGGGUUGAUACGGUAUUAAUGGCGCAAAUGAAGAAAGAGAAUGGCGCAUCUUGAUCUGCCGCAAUGUUAUAGAUACUAUCAGGCAAGAAGAAAAGCCACUUAUUUAUAUAUUAUCGAAGACAAUGGUGCAAAUGCAUAACCAGAUCAUGCAGAUCAAGUACAUGAUCAAUAUGAUGAAUGUUGACCAAUAUGCCUGUUGCAAGGACGAUGUCGUGAAUGAUGUGUACAACUACUAGCUUAAAUAAUUGCCUGCAAAAAAAAACUAUACCUAUGUUGGUGAUCAUCAUGAGACCUGCAAAAGAAAACUGUCGACCUGCAAAAGAAAGAAUCUGUCUUAGAAGUAAUGAAUGUCGUCGUUGUGUGAGAUCAGAAGAUGAAUGUCUUAUUACAAGAUGGAGCAAUUACAAGUUAAUGAAGAAAGC